AUGCCGCCGACGCGUACAGAGAGGAGCAGCCGUCGAACCCCUCCUGUUGGUGCCAGUGGGGCAAGCAGGCGACGGGACGGAUCGAAGUCGAAGUCGCCGGAGGGGGCCGGUCGACAGACGAGGAGUUCGGGCUCCCAGCAUGGAGCAAAUUUGCAGGUGCCGGACGCUGCACCCAGGGAUCCUUCCGCCGAACCCUCCCGUUCGGGAGUGGCGACGCGUUCGAAGGAUCCCAGGCAUUCUGCCGGGUGUGAGCAGGGGCCGGGCCUGCAGGUGGUAUACGGUGGCCUGAUAAUCCAGGCCGAGCAUGAGAACACCGGCUACCCAGCCGAUGUUUUCACGGCCUCGGGGCAUCAGGCCGACCGUUUGUUUGUGUGUGACAGGUGUUUUAAGUACACCUGUAACCCGGCAGAGCUCUAUCAGCAUGAGCGUCUGUCUGGGGAUGAAGAGCGGCCGCGGGGCACCCUCGUUCACGAGUUCGAGGGCGGCCGCUACCAGAUUUACGAGGUGGACGGGGCGGACGAGAGUGAGCAUUUGUUCCUCCAGUCCAUGUGCCUUUUUGGAAAGUUCUUUAUACAGAACAAGUUCAUCUGGUACGAGUUCGACAAUUACAUGUUCUAUGUCCUUGUCGAGAAGCGGGAGGGCUCGCAAGGCAAAGAGCACGAGUUCUCGGUUGCGGGAUUCUUCUCGAAAGAGAAGGUCUCUUGGGACCAGAACAACCUGUCUUGCAUUAUACUGUUUCCGCAGUAUAGGAGUGGGGGGCUAGGAGGCGCGUUGAUCGACUUCUCCUAUUACAUCUCCCAGGCAACUGGGAGGAUCGGUGGUCCCGAAAAGCCAAUUUCGAAACUUGGCCAGAGGGGCUACGAUCGGUAUUGGAGAAAGUCGGUCGCGGCGGCCAUUUUGGGGAAGACGGCCCCCCGCAAGACAGACGCUCGCUCGAGUAAACGAGCGGCGUCGAGAACUCGCAAGGACUCGACCAAGGCACAGCCCCCGAACAGCCGGGUCCGACCCGGCGACAUCUCGAUCGGGGUAACCGACACUCGUGGCACUCAGACCAUCAGCUUGGGGGAUCUCUCCAAGACAACUGGGAUAUUGUCGGACGAUAUUCUUACUUGUCUUGGGGAUGAAGGAUUGAUUACGAGAUGGGAUGGCGGAAGGCCAGUUCUGAGUCGCAGUCGGUUGAAGCAGUGGGCUUCGUAG